AUGCAUGUGGCGGAUAACUGUGCCAAGAGCGUUGCCGGCCGGCGGCGCUUGAUCGGUACCAUCGCCGUGGGCCAUCAUCGCAUUCGCCUCCCAUUGCCCCUCCAAGUUCGACAUUAUGCGCGCUUCACCGAAGAUGUCUCGCUCGAACAUGUACCACUCGAACAUGCACCGCUCGAACAUGCACCGCUCGAACAUGUCGCCGCCGAACUCAUGCCCAAAGCACAAAAACAGAACAUACCCACGAAAGACAAACCGUGUCGUUUUGCUUGCCCCGUUCCUACCUGCGAAUAUGCGACAAAAGGGUUCACCAGGAGGCCCAACCUCAGAAGACACAUCGAGCGAGUGCACCAGAACGAAAGGGCAUUUCCCCUUAAGGACUUGCUCGCGGAUAUAGACGACAACCCAAGAUUAGUGUAUCCAGACCUCGAAGCGUUGAAAAGCGAAAAGCUUUCAAAACAGCGUUCCGGCCGCAAGAAGGUUGUUGAACCGGAAGCGCAACCUCUUCCCGAGACAGAUGCCGAACCAUCACCCAAAGCAGCGCCCUUGCCAAAGGAGGAUUCCACCACUGCAUCAACUCUUGGAAAGCUCCUCGGCGCCUUGGACAACGAAACGCCCAUCAAGCGGCGGGGCAGGCCCAAAAAAGUCCGCGACGCCGAACCGUCCCCCGAAGCUGAGCAAGAGUCACAGCCCGCUACCUCGGAAGAACAACCAAAACCAGCCCGCAGACGCGGCGGCCGCCCAGCUGGAUCAAAAAACAAACCCAAAGACCCCGCGAAACCCCCCAAAGAAAAAAGAGCAUACGUCAGACGCUCCGUCAGAUAUGAUCAUCCCCAACCGGAAGUCACUUUCAAGGCUGACUGCGUCAACACGACAUACCUCUACGAUGCGCUCCUUGACACGGGGAUGUGGGGUCGGCGCAACACCGCGGCCGCGAAGCAGAGGAGGCUAGAAAUGAGGAAACACGCUGACGUGAAGAGGGUGAAUAUCCUCUCGGAAAAGCUCUGCGAUGAUGUGUUGGGGUAUAUGAAGCCUGGUCUGCUCGAGAGGCAUAAGGGGUGUGACAUUAUUGACAUCAACCCUGGGGCGGGUUUGUGGAGCAGAAAGCUGAAUGAUUUGCUGCAGCCUAGAAAGCAUGUGCUCGUGGAGGAGGACUACAAGGUUUACGAACCGUUUCUGAAGCCGUUGGUAGAGAGGGAAGGGGUCGAGGUGUUGGAGGUUGCGUGGGCGCUUUGGGCAUCGUUGUUUGAUGCGCUGGAGGAGAAGGGUGCGUUGGCGGCGCACCCGGUGCGGAACUAUCAGCCUGAUGAGACGCCGGAGAGGAACGACUCGUUGCUUGUGGUGAUGAACAUGAUGACUCUCGACAAGAAGAGGGUGGGGGGGAGGAGGAUGGGGAGCAUGACGGCCAUGAUUUUGUAUCAGUUGAUCAAUUCGGUGAGGCUGCAGGGGUUGUUUCAGAAGUAUGGGUUGGUGAGGAUGCUGAUUUGGGUGGAUGAACAUGAGAAGGCGCAGUAUUUACCCAAGACGAUCCAGAGGAGGAAGGCGGGGGCCAUACAGGCUGAGCUCUCGCUAGAUUGGGUCACCGAGGUGGCGGGAGUCGAACACCCGAAUGGUGGCAAGAACUAUAUCUACAGGAGGGACAAGCACAUCGACAUGGAGGGUAUGGGCCAGGUUCUGGAGAGGAUGAGAAAGGCGGGUCUCAAGGUGCCGGAAGGGCGAGAGACGGCGCUGUUGAAGAGCUGUUUGGAGCUGGAAAAGGAGGGAAAGUCAGUUAAGGCUGGAGAGCAGAAGCCGGCGCUCGCGGCAAGAUAUGAGCUGGGAGAGGAAGAGUGGGAGAAAUUGAAGGAGACCAAAUCGAAGGCGGGCACAUGGACAACGAGAGACAACGACCACCUGCACCGGAAUACGUGGUUAAAGACGCAGACGGAAAAGAAGCAAGAAUUCCUGUACGAGUUGUUGAUUAAGCUGGACGAGCUGACGAAACUGAAGCUCCAAGUUCUGGAAGAGGAGAAGGAGGGCAAGCUGGCGAAUGCUGCUCAAAAGAAGUUUGAUAAACUCGAGGCCGAAAUGAAGGAGCAGUGGGAAAGCAUCGACCCGAUCUCGAGAAGCAAGUUUUUGGUUGCGCGAGACAACUUGAGGGCUUUCAAGCAGCCGCCGGAGCUAGGACCUGUGCUCAUGUGGGACCGUCGGCAGUUUGAGCCGCUGGUGGUGCAGCCGGAGGAGUUCUUGCCAGCGUGUGACGGGGCUUUGUUGGACAUUCAACCCAGGGCGAUGGAGCCGACCUUGCGAGCCAAAUGCGAGCAUGGGUCGAAGAUGUUUGACCAGAUGGACCUUAUCAUCCGGAGUCUGUAUCUACAAGCCUCUGCGCCAAUAUCACAGGCGGUGGAGGGUCUGUGGCCUGGCUCAGGGCAGGGCGUGGCGGAAAAGAUGAGGAGCCUCCGCGAUCCUGCCCUGGGAGGGACGCCGGUCAAGGGCCCUAUAGGUGAGCUUGACCUGAGGGCACUGAACAGGACGCAGAUUGUGGAGCUUGCGGAAAGGUGGUGGCAGUGGCCGUUUAAGCCUAGCUUUCCCGAGUUGGUCGGGAGAUUGGGCGAGGGGGAGGAGGAAAAUGUCGAUGGAGAAAAUGGAGGAGGGGCUACCAUGCUGGGGCACAUGUUCGAUUGA